UGCCUAAUACUCAAGAAUUAUUAUUCAAAGAUUCUUUAUUAAAUAGUAAAAUUCGAGAAAGGCUAGAAAAUUUGAUAGUUCGUCACUCUGUUCUGUCAAAAGAACUUGAUAAUCAGUCUUCAAAAGCUAUAGAUCCUGAUGUUCUCGCAAGUAAAUCUAAAGAAUUAUCAGAUAUAUCUUCCAUAAUUGUUCCCUAUCAGGAAAUGCGAAAAGCUCAAUGUGAUCUUUUAGAGAUUGAAAAAAUGAUUAACGAAUCCUCUGAUGAUGAGGAUUUCAAGAAAUUAAUGCAGGAAGAUUAUCAAGAAAUCAUUGAGAAAUUAAAACAUUUAGAACAAUCUGUUGUAUCUGCUUUAAUUCCCAAGGAUUCUGCUGAUCAAGGAAAUGCUGUCCUUGAAAUACGUGCUGGUUCAGGAGGUGAUGAAGCUGCAUUAUUUGCUGCGGAUAUAUUAAACAUGUAUGAACGUUAUGCUUUUUUGCGCAAAUGGAAAUUUGAGAGAUUAUCGAUUUUUGAGGAAUCUGCAAUUGGCGCUAUUAAGGAAGCAACGGCUUUAAUUUCUGGCCAAGGUGUAUUUGGAAAUCUGAGAUAUGAAUCUGGUGUACAUCGUGUUCAACGUGUUCCUAUUACAGAUAAAGCGGGUCGUGUACACACAAGUACAGUGACGGUUGCUAUAUUGCCUCAACCAACUGAAGCUGAUGUGAAUUUACGAGAGAGUGAUCUUCGUAUAGAUUAUUAUCGAGCAAGUGGUAAAGGAGGACAACAUGUAAACAAAACUUCUAGUGCUGUCAGAAUAACACACAUUCCAACUGGAUGUGUCGUUGCGAUCCAAGAUGAGAGAUCACAGCCAAAAAACAAAGCAAAGGCACUUCAGAUUUUACGUGCAAGAUUAUAUGAUAUGGAACGUAACAAAUUACAUCAAGAAAGAAGUGAGAAAAGACGUCAACAGGUAGGAACUGGUGAUAGAUCAGAAAAGAUUAGGACAUAUAAUUUUGCUCAGAAUCGCGUAACUGAUCAUAGGAUCAACUUGACAUUGCAUGAAUUGGACAAUGUGUUAAAUGGAGAAUUAAUUCAAACUAUUUUCGAUGGGUUAAAAGUAUAUUAUCAAUCUGAAGCAUUACAAAAUGCGAUAUAUUAA